AUGGCAUCUCCCUCGCAGGCUCUGCCCACGAAAGUGGUCGCAGGCGUGACCGUUCCCGACACGCCGCUCAUCACCAAAGCCCUCGACUAUGUGCGCAAGUACUCGACCGACGACACGUACAACCACAUCGUCCGCUCGUUCCUCCUCGGCUUCAUCAUCGCUGACAAGGUCCUACCUGACCGCGACCGCGAAGCCCAUGCUGUCGCCGCCAUCAUGCACGACCUGGGCUUCCCUAUCGGCCACCCGCCGCACUCGGACAUUAUUUCCAAGGACAAGCGGUUCGAGGUCGAUGGGGCCAACGCGGCGCGGAAAUUCUUGACGGCUGAGGCUCCGGACUGGGACAAACACCGGCUGCAGCUGGUCUGGGAUGCCAUUGCCCUGCACACUAUCGGGUCCAUCGUGUUUGAGAAAGAGCCCGAGGUCCAGGCGUGCAGUUAUGGGAUAUGGGCAGACUUUCAGGGUCCUGACCGGGUGCCUGGUGGGUUGUUGAGCUGGGACGAAUAUAACCCCGUGGUCAAGGAAUAUCCCCGACUCGGCCUCAUGAAGGGCCUGAAAGCCAACAUGUGCCACCUGUGCGAACUGAAACCCGAGACCACCUACGACAACACGGUGGGCGAGUGGGGAGACCGCUACGUCGAGGGAUACAGCAGGAAGGGGAAAUUGACGCAGGAUCUGCUCGAGACGUGCAACCUCGACGACUUGUAG